UUUUUUAAUCACAAAAUAUGUUACUACUUAUUAUUAUAGGAGAAAUAUAUUUAAAAAUGUAUUUAUGAAAAGUAUAAAAUAUAUGAAAGGAUUUUUAGUUAUCAUUCUUAAUAUGUGGUUUACUAUGAUAGUAUUAGGAGACGCAACACUUAUCUAUGUAGUUUUCGAUUCACUGAUAGUGGGGAAAGAUUUAUUCACCUAUUUGUGUAGGUGAAGAUCUUUUAAAAGAAUAUCAAUCAGUAAAGACAUAUAUAUAUAUAUAUAUUUAUAUAAAUAUGAAAAGUGUUCAUAUGUUUCACCUGUAUGCCUAAAAGACUGAUUCGUGUAUGGCCAAGUGGAGAUAGUGUCUCAAACUGUAGGUUUGGUUCCUAAGCAUCUUACCCACAAAACUCAUAGAAAAGGCAAGCUCCACCCGUUAUUUGAUCACAUCGAACAAAAUGUUACGUAGUUUAUAAAUAUUUUAUACUCCUAUAUGUAAAUAUGAAUCGUAUAAAAUCUAUACCUAUAAACUUUGAAUAUAGGUAAUUGUAAUGAUUUACUCGUCAAAAGAACAGUGAGACAUUCAUCUUGUAAUAUUGUAUAUAGUGGUAAAAUUAAAGAAUAAAAACAUUUGUAACUAAUUCCAAACAAAAGAAUUCAUUAGAAAGUUGAAAGAUAACAUGAACAGAGUAUUUUACUGUGAUUUCAAUUAUCUAACCCAAACAAAACAUUGUAAAACUAGAUCCAAAGCGGUAUCUAGAGGACUGAACAUAUCCAAUGGCUCGUCUCUUCUUUGUCUUUUUACAAAUGUCAAACCCCGUUCCAUUUGAAUAAAUUUAUCGUUUUCUAGAUUUCAAUAUUCGUAGAAAAAUUCAGUUUCAAAAAAAAUAUAUAUAUAUUCGUAGAAAAAAGAAGGAAUAUAUAAAGAAAACUUUUAGAUAUUGAAUGGGUUACAGUUGAAACAAGACAAGUAGGCGACACAUGGAUAGUAUCUUCAUUUACACACACAUAUUACAUAUUACAUAUAGAUGGAAUCAUUGACAAUUCUUCUUUUUUAAAUAAUUGACAAUUGACAUAUACAUUUACAGAUUCUUCUAUACAUUCUCUUAUAGGUAAACAUAUUAUACGAUGGCUGUGUAUGUUUGUGGAGUGGGGUCAGAUAUGGAUAAACUUCUUAUCUCAGAUUUUUUCAAUGUCAAAGAUGACGCAACAGUCACCACCAAACACUUCUCAAGUUUAAAACAAUUUAGGUUUUAGUUUAUAAUGUAGCCACCUUGAAACAUUAAAUGUAUAAACCCCUUUAUUAAUUGUUUUAGUUGUAAAACGCAAUGCAUAUACAUUGAAAUAGCCCUAUUAGUCUAUUACAAAAUUCAUGCAUCUAGAAAUCAUUAUUUUAGAUAGAUUUUGUCGUCCACGUAUAGAGCAAAUACGAGAUGAUUCUGUCUAGAAGUGGCUUUUUCUUUCAGGUACUUAGGCUUUAAAUUAUGAUCAUGACAAUGUUAACUAUAUUAUAUCAUUCAUAUAUUAAUUAACACCAAAAACGCAUAAAAUUCCCCUGUUUUGCAUGGCACAUUACCGCAAAUUAUUAACCUUCCACGUUUUCCACUUUUUUUUUUUUUUUUCAAACCUUCAUUCAUUCAUUUAAGAAACUAAAGUUCAUCAGUACUAGCAAUCUCAGAGAGACUGUUAGAGAGCUGAAACAAAGCGUUUUUUGCCAGCCUAUCAGCCGUUUCGUUACAAACACGAGAAAUAAAUCGAAACGAGAUAGAGUUGAAGGAAUCACUCAACACGCCAAUGUCAUGAAGUAUCCCUCUAAUAGCAACCACAGCCUUGUUUCCUGUGAUUAUAUCAAUAAGACUUUUUGAAUCCGAUAAACAGAUCACGUCUUUGAUGCCAGAGAAAGCAGCCUUUGAGAGGCCUGCAAGUAACGCUAACGCUUCUGCUGCUAGGGCUGAGGCAAUAUAGCGUUUUGUCUCGGUUCCUUGGAAGCGGUAAGACCCUGCCGAGUUCGUACAAAUCCAGCCAAGUCCACCUGCAAGAGAAGAAGCAUUCCAGGCAGCAUCCGAGUAUAAUAUGCUAGCAACUUCCGGAACCUGAUAAUGAGAGUUCGAACUGACGUUGUCUUUAUUUGAAACAGAGUUUUAUUUUCGGGGAGGCAGAGACUCUUGCCAUUCCUUCGCUGCUCUAAUCGCUUUUGUUAACAUCUCUGUUUCUGAGAAAGACUUGUCUUCGAACAAGAACUGAUUUCUGCUAGUCCACAAGACCCAAAGUAACCAUGGGUAUAAGGGUUUAGACAGACCUGUUGGUGGUAGAUUUGUCAUCCGGGAGCACGAUAUAAGGAGGUCCUCCAACGAGUUGCAAACUGCUCGAGAUGGAAUUGCCAUAGCUGGUACCAGGUCCCAGACUUUCCUCGCUAUAGGGCACUCAAACAUCAACCUUCCACGUUUUCCACUAUGACCUCAAAAAGAAAAUAUAAUUAUAGAUUAAUGAUUUGGGUAUGUGAUGCUACUGCCUGCCACAGACCGAAAGUGAUAUAUAAGUCAUAUCUCUAUUAUUUUCUUCUUACAAAAUAAUACGCAUUAUAAUAGAUGGCAAGAGACAACUAAUAACACCUAUAAUAUAAAUUAAAAAUCAAUUAAAAACAGUAGUCUCCAUCAGACAAAAUCAUACGAGUAAGCAUUUUUUUCUUAUCCAAAAUUCUAUCACAAAGAACUUAGCCUCUUUGUAGGAAAUUUGGUUUGUGGGACAUUUCAAUUACAAUAUAUAUAUUUCGAGUGGGGUACUAUAUCAAUUAUAUAUUAUCCAGUAUAUUUUUACAUAAAAGCCCGAAAUAAAAUAAUCUAAAAUCUUCCACAAUAACCAUUAUAAAUAACAGCUGAUCCAAGCACAUGUACAACACAACAUAAGCCUUUCUUAUUCCCAAAACAAACACUUCACUACUAACUUCUGUUGUUCAAUCGCAAAUGGAGAGAAUAAGAGAUUUGUCGUCGAAGAAAGCAGCAGUGAUAUUCACAAAGAGCUCAUGUUGUAUGUGCCAUAGCAUCAAGACAUUAUUCUACGAACUAGGGGCUAGUCCUGCGAUCCACGAGCUAGAUAAGGACCCCGAAGGCCGUGAAAUGGAGCGUGCCCUACGUGCGCUUGGCUCAUCAAACCCGGCGGUUCCAGCUGUUUUUGUCGGAGGAAGGUACAUCGGAUCAUCCAAAGACAUCAUCUCGUUCCACGUGGACGGGUCGCUCAAACAGAUGCUUAAAGACGCUAAGGCCAUAUGGUUAUAGCCUUCCAACCAACGUACAUGCUAUAUAUAUAUAUGAUGUCGAUAAUCAAUGUGUUAAAAACACAUAUAUUAUAAGUAUAUAGAUAUAACCGGGAGGAAGCAUAGAUGUUUUAAAAUGCUUUGCUUCCUUCGCAUGGAUGUGAUUUUAUUACAAGUGUACCUUAAAGCAUUUGUGUAACACUAGUGCUAAAUUCCACAUACGUGAAGAUAAAAUAAAGUCUUAAAUCAUAUGAUUAGUGUAUCAUUUUGUUAAAAUGCUA